UACGGGACCCGCUGGGAUGGUCCCUCCGAGGCGGCUGUUUCGCCCUUUCUCUCCUCUCUUCCGCAUCUCAUUCUCCUCUCGUACUCUCUCAUCUCCGGCGGUAAUCGACCUCAGGCUGCCCGUCUCCGCCUUCAGACAACCCCCGUCCCCAUCGACUCCGUUCUCUCUCUGCAUUCCGGCGGCGCUCCACCUCCCGCGACUUUACCACCGGCUGGAGUAGCCCCUUUGGUCGUCACCGCCUCCGAUUAACGCCGCUUUUCGUCUCCUACUUUAUCCAGUUCGCCCCCUUUAUGCUCUUUUCAAGGUUGAAGAAUAAGCUUCUACCAUGCUUUUUAUUGACAAAAAUUCGAUCCAAAGGACACACUAUGAUGUUUUGUCAGUGAGGGAGGAUGCGAGCUAUGAUGAAAUCCGAGUGGGUUACAGGGCUGCUGUCCUUAGUUCUCAUCCUGAUAAAUUGCAUGGGACACUAGAUGAAUCGGAUCUUCGACCCAAACAAGAAGAAAAUUUCCUCGAUGUGCAGAAGGCAUGGGAAGUUCUUUCUGAUUCCAAGUCCAGAGCAAACUAUGAUAGGGAGCUGCAAGCUUCCAGGCAGGUUGUGGAGGUUGUGGAUGAUGAAGUCAAAUUGGGGGACAUGGCAAUGGAGACUCUAGGUGAUGUUCAAGAGUUCUUCCAUCAGUGCAGGUGUGGUGAUUAUUUCUUGAUCACGUCAUUGGAGCUUGGGGAGAUGGGCAUCUCAUUGCAUGAAAAUGGAGUAGAAAUACAGACAUCUGCUGAACUGUCACCAUCCUCAGUACUUCUACCCUGUGGUUCUUGUUCACUUAAAAUCCGUCUUCUUAUAGAUGCGAGCCGUUGAGUUUUUUGUGUGCUGCCUUCAGUUGUUUGUGGUGUCCGCAAAUGGGAUCUCAAAGUUUUGACUAGGAACGGUUCCUACUCAAAUUUGACAGUUGAUGUACUUAUACUUGCUGCUAUAAGUUCUUGUUGUAUUUUUGAGUACCGUGGAUUCAAGCUUCAAGAUCCGGACCGAUUCAUUUGGGGAGUGGGACAGUAGUUUUGUGCGACGACCAACUUGCGACAAAGUCUAGCACUGUCAGUUCCAAAGAUGUUUCUGAGCUGGCUUUUGUUAAGGCCUGUAUUUAUCCACCUUCUCUUCUGUUGCUUCUUGUAUCCUCUUUAGGGUUUCCUCAAGAACAUUAAUUAAAAAUCGGUAAAUGAUAGAGUAACAGAUAUAAUUUUAUUUGGGUA